GCAAUGAUCAGGGACAUCUUCAACUAGAUCAGGUUGCUCAGAACCACAUCCAGUCUGGCCCUGAAUGUCUUCAGGGGUGGCACAUCUAAAAAGUGAGGAUAUAUCAUGCCUGGGAUUGAUACCUAACACUUAGGAGAGCGAAGUAGGUGGUGGAUAAUAAGGAAUUGGCGGUUCCUCCUUUCCCUCAGCAGUAAGGCGCAGGAGGGAGAGUCAUCCUUCUAGGAAGGAGAAUGCUGCUGGUUACCUGCCUACCCGAGCUCCACGACACUGAACAAGGCCUCAUUUAGCACCCGGUAAUGAAGUUAAUUCCAGCAGGCACGUCCGUGCCCUCUCCACGCUGCCCCUCGUUAUGGACUCGCGAGUUUGCUGGUGCUAAAGGGCAGAGCAGAAAUAAAUUUCCAUACUGCAGGCAUGUUCCACCAGCCCGUGCCGGAGCGCGGGCUGGCGUCCAAGUGCUUUGGGUAUGAAGUGAAUCUGAGCUCCGGGACAGGCUCAGACCUGCUCUUCAGAUUGCACCGCGAUGACAACAGGGUCCUGCUUUUCCAUGCGCAGUUGACCGGCUGCCACCGCUGCGACCUGCACCCUGAGCACCCCGGCUGGAGCUAACGUUGGCUGCCUGUGUUUGGCAGGGACGGGGGAGCUCCACUUUGUGCUGCUGCUGAACAGAAGCUGGCAAAGGUUUGUUGGUUGGGAGCUCGAUACAAACCAGGGGAAGCCGUGGCUCAGACCGUAGCACUGUGAAGGAGAAGCUCUGCAAAUAUUUCUCAAUGACUCUAUAGCCAACUGAUGUAACAAUGGUACUAAUAUUGGGACGCAGACUGAAUAGAGAGGAUAGUGGGAUACGAGAUUCCCCUGCCACCAAGCGGAAAGUGUUUGAAAUGGACCCAAAGUCGUUGUCAGGCCCUGAGUUUUUCGACUUCUCCUCGGGAUCAUCCCAUGCCGAAAGCAUUCUCCAGAUCUUCAAUGAAUUCCGAGACAGCCGGUUGUUCACAGAUGUUAUUAUCUGCGUGGAAGGAAGGGAGUUUCCCUGCCACCGAGCCGUUCUCUCAGCCUGCAGCAGUUACUUCAGAGCUAUGUUCUGCAAUGACCACAGGGAGAGCAGGGAGAUGCUGGUGGAGAUAAAUGGCAUUCUUGCUGAAGCUAUGGAUUGCUUUUUGCAGUAUGUAUACACGGGCAAGGUGAAAAUCACUACAGAGAACGUGCAGUAUCUCUUUGAAACAUCAAGUCUCUUUCAGAUCAGCGUUCUGCGUGACGCCUGCGCCAAGUUCCUGGAAGAACAGCUGGAUCCUUGCAAUUGCCUGGGCAUCCAGCGCUUUGCAGAUGCACACUCGCUCAAGACUCUGUUCACCAAGUGCAGAAACUUUGCCCUUCAGACAUUUGAGGAUGUGUCCCAGCAUGAAGAAUUCCUCGAGCUGGGGAAGGAUGAGCUUAUCGAUUACAUUUGCAGCGAUGAAUUGGUGAUCAGUAAGGAGGAGAUGGUGUUUGAAGCUGUCAUGCGCUGGGUGUACCGGGCGGUCGAGUUGCGAAGGCCAGUGUUACAUGAACUUCUGACGCAUGUCAGGCUCCCGUUGUUACACCCAAACUACUUUGUUCAGACUGUGGAAGUGGACCAGCUGAUUCAGAACUCCCCAGAGUGCUAUCAGCUGCUGCAUGAAGCCAGGCGAUACCAUAUCCUUGGAAAUGAGAUGAUGUCUCCCAGAACUAGGCCACGCAGAUCAACCGGUUAUUCUGAGGUGAUAGUUGUUGUUGGAGGCUGUGAACGAGUUGGAGGGUUCAAUUUGCCAUAUACUGAGUGCUACGACCCUGUAACAGGAGAGUGGAAGUCACUGGCUAAACUUCCAGAGUUUACCAAGUCUGAGUAUGCAGUGUGUGCCCUGCGGAAUGAUAUUCUUGUUUCAGGUGGAAGAAUCAACAGCCGGGAUGUUUGGAUUUAUAACUCUCAACUUAACAUUUGGAUCAGAGUUGCCUCCUUAAAUAAAGGCAGAUGGCGUCAUAAAAUGGCUGUUCUUCUUGGUAAAGUGUAUGUUGUUGGAGGAUAUGAUGGGCAAAACCGCCUCAGCAGUGUGGAGUGUUAUGAUUCGUUUUCUAAUCGAUGGACAGAGGUGGCUCCCCUUAAAGAAGCUGUGAGCUCUCCAGCUGUCACCAGCUGUGUUGGCAAACUCUUUGUGAUUGGGGGUGGUCCCGAUGACAACACGUGUUCUGACAAGGUUCAGUCUUAUGAUCCUGAUACUAAUACUUGGUUGCUCCGUGCAACUAUCCCCAUUGCAAAAAGAUGUAUUACGGCUGUGUCUUUAAACAAUCUGAUCUAUGUUGCUGGUGGGCUUACCAAAGCAAUAUACUGCUAUGAUCCAAUUGAGGACUACUGGAUGCAUGUACAGAAUACAUUCAGCAGACAGGAGAACUGUGGCAUGUCUGUGUGUAACGGAAAAAUCUAUAUCCUUGGUGGAAGACGAGAAAAUGGUGAAGCCACAGACACUAUUCUUUGUUAUGACCCUGCGACGGGCAUUAUCACAGGAGUAGCAGCCAUGCCCAGGCCAGUAUCGUAUCAUGGCUGUGUGACGAUUCAUAGAUAUAAUGAAAAAGGCUUUAAACUGUAGUUUUUUUUUCUUGGAAAAGAAGAAGAUGGCACGAAUUAAAACAGUGGUCUGCUGCAAGACAGACUUUUUAAAGAUUCCUGGAGUGGGAGAAUGUCCUUUCCCUGCCUAAGUGUCAUACGAAAAUUAUAUCCUGUGCCUUUAGAAAAAGAGUUAAUGUAACUUGCAAAACAAGUCUGCAAAUCUAUCCUGUAACCAGAGUUCAGUUACAUCUACUGUGGGCUCUGAUGCAAGAGCAGUAACAAUACAUUGUACUAAUGUUCAGAAAGCUUGCCUUAUGUGUGCUUAGUAAUUAAAAUCUUGGAAGCUUUUUGGGGAAAGUGCCUUCACAAGCAUUUGUGCCUGUGUCCUAAGAAGUGUUAUCUGCAAGGUGUUUCAGGUUCUGCUAAUUGGAAAAAUACACAGGCAAGUAAAUUCCAAAGAAUCAUCUAAGAUAACUACCUACAAUUUAAAAACUUAUGUAAUUAUUGUUCAUAUGCACAGCAUUCUUACAAGCAGAUCACUUGUCUUAACUGAGUAGAUUUUAUGUCAGGUCAUGCAUGGUUUGGAAUUUAAACAAACAAAACCAAACGGUGUGGGACAGAAUCUUUGAGGAAUGCAUUUUUUCGAAGAAGAAGCUGGUUGUUUAGUAAGCCACUGCAACUUACUGCAGUAACAGUCAUGUACCUAGCACUAUGGUCCUUAUUUGUUGUGUUACUAAGCAUUCAUCAGAACUACAAGGCUACAUGACAUGGAAAACUAGUGACCGUUGGGGUGUAGGCACACAUCUGUGCAGCAAGUCUGGAAUCCCAGUUUUUAACUUUCUGAAUAGUAAUGGCUGAAGUCUGAAAGUUACUGGGUUUGCUCUUGGCUCACUGCAAAGUGUCUCUAAACUAUUCAAGAAAUAAAGGAUCAUGACCUCUGGAUUCUACUACUUUUUUGAAUCAUAUUGUAAAUUGCCUCAUGAUAGACGUAGGGAAUGGGGUUGCAUCCUACAGCUUACAAAUUGGUCUUUCGGAUAGCUCAUCUGCUGAGAUGGCAGAGUACCUGCCAAAUAUUUCUUGGCCUUUCUUCAGACAAUCACUCUAGCACAGGUAAACUAUUGUAUAAGCUGCUUGGCCACAGAUAAAGAAGUUCUGGCAAGGUCCCUCCUGUCACCAGAAAAAAUAUCUGUGGACAUGUCCACAUAGCCAUAUGAGGAAACUCCCACAUAACAUGUUUUGGGUAAUUUUGAAGCUUCAGAAGUGCCUGUAUUUUGACAUGCACACACACACACCCUUUUUUUUAAGUAAAUGUUUUUGGUUCUUUUUAAGUCCUCCCUAGGUUUCUGUACUAGGUCUCUUUAUUUCCAGUACACAGUUGUGUAGUUGAGGCACAAGUUCAUAAAAACUGAAAUAGCACUUGAGAGUUGGAAAAUGAAUAGGAUUGUCUGUGUACCAAUUUCCUGUUAAUCACCAAAAUCCUCAGGAACUGCUUUUCAAAGGAAUUCUGAGGACACCAGCCAGUAGGGAAGAGUUGGUCAGUGCCAGGGCAGAAGGCAAACAUAAGGUCCUUGCAGAGACAGCCCUAGCCUCAGGGUUCUGGUCUCCAUGCUUGCUCAGGAUGGUGAAAACAAGCACCAUCUCUGGAACGUUGUUUGUUCCACUGGACUAUCCUCAUCUGUUUGUUCAGAGUAUUUCUUCAUGAGAUGGAAAUUCUGAUCCUCAGUGAAGCUGUGCCAAACUGGGAGUCAUCACUUUGAGUAACAUAUGGCCGUGACUUUUAAAGAGCACUGGGAACUGCACUUAGUGAUGCAUUAACUUGUAACCUCAGGAAAGGACACAAACUUCAGUUUCUGGCUGAAUACCAAAUGUUGCUUUGUAUAUGUUAAGAAUACUGAUAAAAUACAAAUCUCUGCGUAUCAGUGAUGUAAUUAGGAAUUCAGUCUCUGAGCAUGUACAUUCACAUUGCCCUAAAAAGAAAGUCCCUUGGGAAUAUAAGACAAAUGAAUCUGAUUAAUUAAUCUUUUUCUAGAUUUCUUGUGUUUCUGCUCACCAAAUGUUACUUUGAAAAGGUAAUUUCACUACCUGUGAAUAAGGUCCGUUGAUAGCAAUGGUAAUUGCCCAGUAACUGAUACUGUAUACUAACACUGUAUAUAACUUGUGCCAUCAUUGUAAAUGAACACGUAAAAAAUUACAGGAGCACUUAAUUAGAGAUGCAAUUUGAAAAAUGCUCUCCUUUGAUUCUCAUCUUGUUUGUAUUAAGACUUGUGAUGUUGAUUGUCAUGCUACUGUUUUGAAACAUUCUUUAUUCUGUAGGUGUAGAACAAUGUCAUUUAUGUAUAGGUAUCUUUCAGUUAAUCUUGUUUAUAAUACUGCACUACUCUGUAAAUAGCAAGAUACUGCUUUCCAUGGGUUUUAAGAUUUAUAGUUUAGUUGCCUAUUCUUAACAAUUUAUAUACCAUUACCUAUUAUUUUGAAAAUGAUAGUGUUUAAUGAACCAGCAAAUGCAGAAAUGUAGCUGUAGAAGAAAACUUUGCUUAGAAUUCUUGAGAACCUGUAUUCAAUGCUGAACAGUUAGAUGUGUGGAGCAUUGCUAAAGUGGCAGUUAUUCAUGCAAUGAUUUCUUUGCUUGUUAACUCUGUAAAUAAUUUGCACUUACAGCCUGCUGUGUUAGAAAAGUUAUUUUUAGAGGCACUAGAAAAGAACAAUUCACCUUUGGUGUAAUGAAAAUGUACCAUUUUUCUAAGAAGGAUGCGUUAAUUUGGGAGUUGCAUUCCUGAGCCACCCAUUUUCUAAUGCAUUUCACUUGGAUAGAGAUUAAUUCAAAGAUUUAAACUCUCACUGUUGUGCAUAUCUAACUGCUUAAAGUUCAUGGGCUUGAGCAGCAAGUUGUGUGGUUUCUGGUUGUGGGUUUUGGGGUGGGGUUUUUUUUUGUUUUGCCUAGGAGAGAAACUUAUUAAUGCCAUCUAGUAUAAUCAAAAGAUUUUCAUCAUAAAUGGUAAUAGGUUUGGUAUCUAUGAAGUAGAGAUACCUGCACAAAGAUGUAACUUCAGUCUAACUAUACAUGGGCUCAAGUAUCUCCAAAGUCACACCCAAAAAUUACCUCUUAAGCAUUUCACUCUGUAAAAGAAAUGAGAGUAAAUGUUUUUCUUCUCCAUUUUGAUGUGCACUUCAUGAAUUACAUCCUUCUGUUCCUAGCAGUAUGAUGUUAAUUGAAAAGAAAGUUGAUGCUUCCUUGCAGCAUGACUUUUAGAAGGUUCUGAAUAGAUAACUUCAGGACUGUAUUACAAUGCAGUGUAUAGCCGCCUGCUUUUAGAUAUACCAUGUAUUCCCUCAUUUUACAGCCAUCAAGCGUGUAACAUUGCUUGGUAAUCAUUUAGUUUUCCCUGUAGGCUCCCUUCUUGGUAAUGCUUCAGUAGACAUAACUUGUGGAAUCUCUUCCACUUGUACCAUCAGAUGAUCAAUUUUAUACUAUGUGCCUGGUAUGCAUUUUGAGGAUUAGGCACUGUGCUUGCCACUAUAGCACCAAAGGUCCAGAGCUGUAGCAUUUGUUUUGUUUUAGUUGGCACCAAUGCAGUUCCUGUCAAAGAUUGCUUUUGUUUCUACUCUCUGCAGCAGAUACCUUUAAUGCAGAUUGUUGACAUGGACCCUUACUAUAGUCAAACUUUCUAAUGAUAUUUUUAGCACUGCAAAUUUUUGAGAGAGAUUGAUGUAGGAAGAGGAGGAGCUCACCUUGACAGAGAUUCAGAGGAAGCUAUGGUCACCUGUGCUUGAUACCAAGGACACUGCUGACUGCUCCAGCUUCUUCCUCAAAAUAGUUGAGCUCACCACGUUAUCUUAGAUUAUCUCAGAUUAUCUCAAUUUAUCCUGCUUUUGUUUCAUUUGAGCUGCAAGGACAAAACAAGAUGCAGUCCCACUCCCUGUGACCUCAGGUUUCCCUCCUGCCCAAGGCACAGUGGUGAGCUGGAGCUGUUGCUCUCAGUGGGUAGGCAGAGCUGUGAACUUAGUUCAGGUCCGAAGAGAGACGCAAAAGAGAAACUCAUUGGGGUGGGAUGAGAUAUGACACUGUGUGUCUGGGCUUUGUGCAUUUGGCUGGGCUUGCUGAAACCAAGAUGUUCUGGAUGCUCGGAAGUCUGCAAUUCCAAUUUGAAACUCAGGUGGUAAAAAUACUUCAUAUUGUCUACACUGAACUAAGUUGAAGCAAUAAAGGUACAUAUAUGUUCAUGGUCUUCUAGUGACAAUGUUAAGGAAAGGCAGAGGUUAAUUUUUCCUAAUUGUCCAACUAGGGAAGUAUAUGUGGAUUUGUUGGUUUGUUGUUAUUUUCUACCACUGAAGAUGGCAAAAGCCAAUUCUAGAGCAUUAAGAAACUCACAAGACUUUGCACUGUGAGGCAAAAUGAGUAUUUUCAUCUGAAUGUAGUCUCAUGCACACAAGAAAGUACAAAUGAAAUGGUUUGUUGUGCCUGGUUAAAGAAAUCUGAGCAACAUAUGCUCAUAAAAGGCGUCUACAAUGCAAGAUGAGAUUUUUAAGCAGAAAUGUGCUAUCUGAUUGGAGGCCAGGCAGUAAUUUUAACACGCCUAGCACACAAGUUUCCUCUGUGUUGCAUUAUUUCAGGUGACAUUAAUAAAAAUGCAUCUGACUGUCAGUUCAUUAUGACCGUGUCAGUGUUGUUGAGCAUUGCCACAACAGUCAACAGCCUCCUACCAACCUCAGACCAGAUGUUCUUUGCUCACUGGCUGUCUUCCCUAACUAACAUUACACAUAAAGUAUACAGUCCUUACUUAAGGACUUGUAUUUACAGGGACAUUUCUUUUUUUCUACGGUAAUGCUCUAGUCCAUGAUCAUAUGUUUAUGUGUGACUAUCUGUGCAUAUGAAUAAUUCUGACAUCCUUUUCUGAUAGUGCUGUUAUAAGUAAUGCACAUAAAUGCUCCUCUGUACAGCAUGUUGAUAAUGUAAUUAUGGCUUACUUUAUAUUAUUAGUUCCAAAGAAAAUACUGUGUGUUAAUUUUGAAAAGACCUGUGCCUUGAAUUCACCUUCUAUUUUUAUCUAUUGUGAAAAAGAGCUUGGAUUACUUCUCCCAAUUUUUGUUGUCAUUACUAGGAUCAGUCUUACUGUCCAGACUCUCAGUGUCCUUCUAAGAGAAAUAAAUCUUACCAUUUGCUAACCGUAAUAGUUAAAACCUCUUGUUUAGAAUGUGCCUAGAAUGCUUCCAUUAUUACAGGCUGUGGCAGAUUUAGACUAGGGAAAUCAGUGUUUGUCUCUUCCUAUUCUUUGUUUUCAGUUGCAGAGGAUUGAAGUUUAGUCUUUGACUUCCUGUCCUUAACAUGUACAGUUUCUUGUUUUAGUCAGCAGCCUCUACACUCUUUCUGAACACUCUGACUUGUUGAACCUCUUGUUCAAUACACAUAAUAUGAAGCAAUAAUAUGGUGCAGCAUGACAAUAAGGAAAUCAAGAGACUUGAAUGUAAUGUAUUAUUACCAAUUUCAUCUGUGUAAAUGCUGGACCUGUGAGUCAUUCUCCUCAUGGCGCACCUGUGCAAUUUGGAGUUGGAUUAAUAGGAGCUACUUGGACAUGGAAAGAGAGUUUACCUCCUGAACUGUUACUCCUAUGAUAUCUUCACCUGAAAUCAUUUUUUGAUUUUCCUUUUUGCUGAGGAAAACAGCAUUUUGUUAUUCCUUGACAGUUCCUUUAUUUAAUGAAACAUAAAAGGCAUAGUUCUUCAAAGAGCUGAUACUGUCUUCAAGAGCAACCUGGUGCAGCACAAAGGACAUUUGAAUAAAAAAAGUGCAGACCACUUACUGUGUGCCAGAUUCAGUGUAACGUUAUCUCACAUAUAACAUUAAGGUCUUCAGAUUGUGCUGUCAGUAGGAAAGUGAUUUUGUAAUGUAGCACAAUUGCAUUAACACCUGUUAUAUUUAAAUAUAUUUCUUGCAUAAAUCUUUGAAAGUUUUUUAAAGUUCAGUGUACCUAAUAAACAUUUGCCUUUUGAAUAG